CACCGCAGCCUCUCCUCUCGCGGCCGGAGCCUCGCCCCCUCCGCUCGUGCCGCCGGAAGUGGGAGGUGCCGCGCGCGGGCCGGCGCUCGACCCCUCCCCCCGUGGCUCGGCCGCCCCCUCCCCCCGCUCCGCCCGCUCAGAGCAUAAUGGCAGCGUCUGAGGUUGCUGGCGUUGUGGCCAAUGUCCCCAGUCCUCCGGAAUCUUCUAGUUUAUGUGCUUCCAAGUCAGACGAAGGUCUCCCAGAUGGUCUAAGCACCAAAGACUCUGCACAGAAGCAGAAGAACUCGCCUCUGUCGAGUGUAAGUAGCCAAACAAUAACCAAGGAGAGUAACAGAAAUGUCCAUUUGGAGCACUCAGAGCAGAAUCCUGGUUCAUCAGCAGGUGACACCUCAGCAGCGCACCAGGUGGUUUUAGGAGAAAACUUGAUAGCCACAGCCCUUUGUCUUUCUGGCAGUGGGUCUCAGUCUGAUUUGAAGGACAUGGCCAGCACAGCAGGAGAGGAGGGGGACGCAAGCCUCCGGGAGAGCCUCCAUCCAGUCACUCGGUCUCUUAAGGCAGGGUGCCAUACUAAGCAGCUUGCCUCCGGGAAUUGCUCUGAAGAGAAAUCCCCACAAGCCUCCAUCCUAAAGGAAGGUAACAGGGACACAAGCUUGGAUUUCCGACCUGUAGUGUCUCCAGCAAAUGGGGUUGAAGGAGUCCGAGUGGAUCAGGAUGAUGAUCAAGAUAGCUCUUCCCUGAAGCUUUCUCAGAACAUUGCUGUACAGACUGAUUUUAAGACGGCUGAGUCAGAGGUAAACACAGAUCAAGAUAUUGAAAAGAAUUUGGAUAAAAUGAUGACAGAGAGAACCCUGUUGAAAGAGCGUUACCAGGAGGUCUUGGACAAACAGAGACAAGUGGAGAAUCAGCUCCAAGUGCAAUUAAAGCAGCUUCAGCAAAGGAGAGAAGAGGAAAUGAAGAAUCACCAGGAGAUAUUAAAGGCUAUUCAGGAUGUGACAAUAAAGCGGGAAGAAACAAAGAAGAAGAUAGAGAAAGAGAAGAAGGAGUUUUUGCAGAAGGAGCAGGAUCUGAAAGCUGAAAUUGAGAAGCUUUGUGAGAAGGGCAGAAGAGAGGUGUGGGAAAUGGAACUGGAUAGACUCAAGAAUCAGGAUGGCGAAAUAAAUAGGAACAUUAUGGAAGAGACUGAACGGGCCUGGAAGGCAGAGAUCUUAUCACUAGAGAGCCGGAAAGAGUUACUGGUACUGAAACUAGAAGAAGCAGAAAAAGAGGCAGAAUUGCACCUUACUUACCUCAAGUCAACUCCCCCAACACUGGAGACAGUUCGUUCCAAACAGGAGUGGGAGACGAGACUGAAUGGAGUUCGGAUAAUGAAAAAGAAUGUUCGUGACCAAUUUAAUAGUCAUAUCCAGUUAGUGAGGAACGGAGCCAAGCUGAGCAGCCUUCCUCAAAUCCCUACUCCCACUUUACCUCCACCUCCAUCAGAGACAGACUUCAUGCUUCAGGUGUUUCAACCCAGUCCCUCUCUGGCUCCUCGGAUGCCCUUCUCCAUUGGGCAGGUCACAAUGCCCAUGGUUAUGCCCAGUGCAGAUCCCCGCUCCUUGUCUUUCCCAAUCCUGAACCCUGCCCUUUCCCAGCCCAGCCAGCCUUCCUCACCCCUUCCUGGCUCCCAUGGCAGAAAUAGCCCUGGCUUGGGUUCCCUUGUCAGCCCCCAUGGUCCACACAUGCCCCCUGCCGCCUCCAUCCCGCCUCCCCCAGGCUUGGGCGGUGUUAAGGCUUCUACUGAAACUCCCCGGCCCCAACCAGUAGACAAACUGGAGAAGAUCCUGGAGAAGCUGCUGACCCGGUUCCCACAGUGCAAUAAGGCCCAGAUGACCAACAUUCUUCAGCAGAUCAAGACAGCACGUACCACCAUGGCAGGCCUGACCAUGGAGGAACUUAUCCAGUUGGUUGCUGCACGACUGGCAGAACAUGAGCGGGUGGCAGCAAGUACUCAGCCACUUGGUCGCAUCCGGGCCUUGUUCCCUGCUCCACUGGCCCAAAUCAGUACCCCAAUGUUCUUGCCUUCUGCCCAAGUUUCAUAUCCUGGAAGGUCUUCUCAUGCUCCAGCCACCUGUAAGCUAUGUCUAAUGUGCCAGAAACUCGUCCAGCCCAGUGAGCUGCAUCCAAUGGCGUGUACCCAUGUAUUGCACAAGGAGUGUAUCAAAUUCUGGGCCCAGACCAACACAAAUGACACUUGUCCCUUUUGUCCAACUCUUAAAUGACGGACCUGACUGGGGAGGAAGAAGAAGAGAAACUGAUGUGAACAGGAAGCGCGGGUUCAAGAUUUCUAAAACUCUAUAUUUAUACAGUGACAUAUACUCAUGCCAUGUACAUUUUUAUUAUAUAGGUAAUGUGUGUAUAGAAAGUCUGUAUUCCAAUGUUCGUAAAUGAAAGUAUGUAUAUUAUGCAGAAACAGUCUGUUCCCCCUCAUCUUGCAAUUCCUUUGGGGGAUGCAGAUUGUAGGGAAGAUGAUGUUUAGUUUGGCCUUGAAAUUAUGAUAUCCCUGCCCAGGGCUGUUUUCAAAUACAAUAUAAAAACCACCUAGGAACCUGC